AUGAUUACUGUAUAUUUUCUAGUAAUAGUACUACUUUAUAACCUAAAAAUUGUUUUCACCUCUUCUUUUCGCCAACUUCCCACCAGAUUUGUGCCUGUGGCGACUGGAGUGGUCGAGAAGAUUACUGUAACAUCGCUGGAAGAGUGCGCUCAGAUUGGGAGUAAUCAGAAGAUAAUCGCGAUCUAUUAUGAUCUCAAUUCAACUUGUAUUGGCUAUUCGGGGAUCAGGAGUUAUGUAUUGGGAACUGAAGAAGCUCAGAGUAAGAAUCAUUUUAUAUUACACUAGGUCAAAAAAUGGUCAAUUUCCAACUUCUGACCUAAAAAUAUAGUUUAUUUUUCCAAAGAAAUAGCUUCAUUGGUAAUUAGAAAAUCUCAGAAAAAUCAUUUUUUUGCCAAGAUCUGCGUAAAAAAAAAGAAAAAUUGAGGGUAAUUCGAAUCUUUGCCUUUAGCCACCGGCCAGGCCCAUUUUGUUUGGUAUUUGCGAGACAACGGAGGAGGAUGUGGAUGCACUACCGCAGUAAGAGCUCAGCAAUUAAUCAGCGAUUACAGUAAGAUAAAUAAUGUUGCAGUAAGACCGGAAACUCCCAUUGCUUAAUACAGUAUUACCAACAACUGUAGAAUUCUAUUAGGUUGGGACGAAAGUUUUCCCCUUUUUCUUGUUUUUUUCCAAACAAAUUUAUUUUGACAGUUGUAACGGGAAACCAAACAUAACAUCCACCGUCGGUAUCCACUACGUAUUGCCAACGUUCCGCCAAGGAUUCAAUUGGCGAGAUUAAAAACUGGGGUAUUUAUUAGGUUGUAUAAUAUGUUAUGACCAUUUUCUUGCAAAAGUUUGAAGUCGAUUAUUUCCUAGCUCAGAUCCCUCCUUAGUUCAACAUACCUAUAGACUAAUAGAGGGCUUAUCGAAGUUUCAUCUAGUGCGUAUUGCAAAGUCUUACGGCAUAGCCGCGAUUUUCUAUUGCUAAAAACUCGGAAGCGCCCCGAUUUUGGCAGGGUACGAAAUAACUCAAGUCACGUCUCUCAGCCAGCCGCUGCUGGUCUCGGAUUGGUGUUAUUGUAAUCUUCAAGGGUCGUAGAAGACGCUGACACAGCAUCGUUACUAGGUAUCAGUGACAGCUCAUUUUAUGAGCUGUUUUUCCGGAAGGUUACCGAAGCCGUCGCCUGAAAAAGCGUCUAAAAAGUUUAGCGCCCGGGGUUUCUAUUGUCUAUUGUUAUAACUCGUGGUAAUACGAGAUCACAUACCUGUUGUCACACCAGGCAAAUUUUGGAGCAUGCAGUAAUUGGAAUCUCCAGAAAAAUUUAAGAAUUAGCAGAAUUUUGGAUCAUCCAAUUGAAUUUAAAUUUUUUAGAACUUAACCGCCGCAAACUUUAAGAAUAUAUACUGUCGUUUUCGCCGAGGUAUGUAGUGUAUAUAACCACCAAAAACAGUUCUUCACAAGAUGGCGCUAGGGCGUACUCAAUAAAAGUUUUGAACUCUAGUCCAGCGGCCCUCAAAAUGUAACGAUUUUAAUGAAAUUCCUUAUUGUCACCUGAUACAAGCAGUUUCUGAUUUGAGUAGGUUAUCAAAAAGCAACUCAUAAGUGACUCUUUACAGCUGAACCACGUUAUUUGAGGUGGGAUUAAUUCGAAACGAAUCAGGGUGCAUAACAGUGAAGGUAUACCUCAAUUUAUAUUUUGAACAGUAAAGCUCAAGUGGGGGACGUAGAGUUGAUCCUGCGCAGCGUAUGUAAAAUUAACGCCUCUAGUGUCCUACAGAAGCAUUGUCAUUUCUAGCCUCUCGGAAUUCUCAGAUUUAAGGCGUAUUUUUGCUUUAGCACCUUGGGACGCCCUCAUUUCUUAAUUUCUUUUCUCCGAUGUUUUAGCCGGAGGCCGAUGUGCUAAUGGUUCCUGUAAUCUACUGUCUCCACCCUACCCAGCGGUAUGCUAUUCAACUCUGAAAAAAGCGUCAUUAAAGUUUUAGGAAUUUUAGAAAAUUAUGGUCAUAACUUAUUAUACAACCUAAUAUAAUAAAAAAUGUCAGAAAGACCUGUUUUGAGGUCCCCCAAACAAUCGAACCGCACAUCUCCCAAACGGUAGCUUAGCGAUCUGAUCAAAUGGUAAUCAGAAGGUGCCAAGGCUGGGGUGUAGUGUGGGUAGGGCAGCAAAGGUCAUGCAUUCUCCCUGAAUUUUUUGCGAGCGAUUUUUGCAAUGCGGUACUAGGCGUUGUCGUGAAGGAGGAAGAUUUGUUCCAUUUUUCUCUAGCAUUUUGGGCGAAGCGGUCCAACUGGCGAUAAUUCUGUUAUUUAGUGACAGUUUUACCAUCAGGGAGCCAUUCCUAAUAAAUACCUCCCAUACAAGUCCACCAAUCGGACAACAAUCUUUUUUGGGUGAAUUUAGGUUUUGGGGUUAGUUCACCGUGAUGGUCGGGUUCAAGCUACUGAAGCUUGCGGGUAUGGUUUACAUACAUCACCCACUUCUGGUUCCCUGUAAUGAUAUUGGUCAGCCAAGUCAGCUUGCGGCGGUACGACAAAAAUUAGGAGCAACAGUAUAAGCCGUGACUCCGAAAGUUCUUGCGGAACAAAUUAACCACACUUCCACACUUUUCCCAACCGAUGUAGAUGGUCCAUAAUGGUAGUAUGGGAGAACCCAAAGAGCUCUCCAAGUUCACGUAAUGGCAAUUUGGGAUAGCUCACGAUUAAGCCUUUUAGGGCGUCAUCAUCUAUCUCAGAUGGCCGCCAGAACUUGGUCGUCUAACUCCUUUUUUGAACCUCUGGAACCAAUACUUGGCCACGCCAUAAAAGAGGACGUCCUUGCCUAUAACAUCCUAGACUUCGGUUAUAUCUUCCAUGGGUUUUGGUAUUCUAAAAUUUGACGCAUCGAAACAGAACUUUGGGACGGAAAUUUUUCCACGUUUGGAGAGCGCUAUGGGGACAAGUUACAUAUCAGUCUAUAUGCUAUCAACUCACCCUUACAUAGUCACAUGAUAGAACUUUCCAGGAAGUUCCACAACUUCCAUAACUUUUCCCCGAAAAUUAAGGGGAAAACUUUCGUCCCAACCUAAUAAUUACAGCAUACGGCGACACGACUUGUUCGUCAGUCUCUAAUCUGAAAUACGAUGCAAACAGUGGAUACUGCACUGCGCGGACUUCCAAUGUUUAUGACACUGAAUUGGGCUAUUAUGUGGUCGGCGCGGUUAACAAUGGAACCAUCUAUACGAUGACUAGAGCUCGUAAGUUAAUGAAAAUCAAUUUUUAUAUCAUAAUAAUAAAUUCACUUUACUGUCUGGCCGUUGCAAAAAAAUAAGUUUGCACAGUGCAAAAAAUAUUUUUUUUGUAAAAUCAAUUUCGAAAUGCAAAUAAUUUUGCCAUAAAUUUGCAGAAAUCUCCGAAUCCGUCAAUUACGACUGUUCCGAGGUGACUCCCGCCAUUCCAGUUGUCUACAAUGACAUCUGGUAUUGUUUGGCCAUUAUAAAAACGAACAAAAGUGGAUAUCAGACAGUCCGAGACAACAUCUGCAGUCAAUAUCAGACCAAUGGGACUCCAGUUAAGAUUGUGCAUCUAUUAGUCUACGGAAUGGUAUCUUGUACGCUUUUUUAAGGUUAUUUUAUAUUACACUAGGCUCAAACAAGAUUUAAAAUCAAUUUUCUAGUGUUCACUGGAAAUUCUGCGGUUAUUGGGCUAUGGUUUAAUGGAACGUCGUAUGUGUACUACGACAACACAACAGCGCCGUCGUUGAUUUGGGAUACCGGCCGUCCUACGGGGCUUCGGAUGGUGACUGUAAACAGAAAAAAUUUCGGUAAAGCUUUAUACUCAAUCAAAUCGGUUUAUUUCAGCACUGAAGGACUUUGCAAGCAACAAUGGGACCAUGAAUUGUUUGACGAAGGUCGAAAAGAGUCCCUAG